AUGGUUAACAGACAAAAGGAUCCGAUAUUUGAGGAGGGACUAAGAGUUGAAGAGGAGGAGUUAAACACCCAAAUUGACUUGAAUGGAUGUGAAUUUUUUGAUAGUGAUAAUGAGCAGGCAAAUUUAUUUUUUGAAAAUCUUGAAGGAGGAAUAGAGGUAGAAGUUAAUCAAUGGUUGUGUCAUAAUCAAUUAGGGGAAUCCACAAGUAGAGGUACAAGGAAUGAAAAUGCACAAAGUGGACCAAAUAUUGAUAACGUCACCCCAACACCUAUGGAAGUCAAUGAAUAUGGAUGUGAUUGGAAUGGGCAAGUACAGUCUGAUUAUGGUGAUAGUGAGGAGCUGGCAAGUCCAAAUGGAUCAGAUAAUGAAGGCCAACAAAUAGAAAGACAAUCAUACAGUGAGUUUAAUGAGAAGACAGAUUUUAAAAGACCAAUCAAUCUUCAAGUUGGUAUGAAGUUUGCAAACUUCAAAGUUUAUAGGCAAGCAUUAAAGCAAUAUGCCAUUGAGAAUGGCAUUGAGUUCAAGUAUAUAAAAAAUGAAGCAUCAAGAAUUAGGGUGAAGUGUAAGCACAAUUGCGGAUGGAUUAUACAUGCAUCAAAGACUCAAACUGGAGAUGCAUUUCAGAUUAAGUCAUUCCACCAUAAGGAGCACAAUUGCGGUUGGGAAAGAGAAAAUAAAUGGGUGAGCACAAGUUGGUUGUCGAAUAGGUACAUUGACCACAUUAGAGACCAACCAAAUUGGAGUGCAACAGCAUUUUCAAAUCAAGUGCGAAGGGAUCAUAAUGUUGAGAUUUCAAAAUUUCAAGCAUAUCGAGCAAAAAGAAUGGCAUUAGAAGUGCUUGAGGGUCGUGAUGCUGAACAAUUUUCCCAAAUAUAUGCAUAUUGUGGAGCAAUAAUGAAAUUUAACCUAGGAAGUACAAUGAGGGUCAAGGCACAAGGGUCUAUAUUUAAGCGAUUAUAUAUGUGUCUUGGUACAUGUAAACAUGGGUUUAUAACGGCAUGUAGGCCAAUCAUAUGUGUAGAUGGUUGUUUCUUGAAAGGUAGUUUUGGAAGGCACCUUCUAUCUGCAGUUGGAAAAGAUGCAAAUGAGAACAUGUAUCCUAUAGCAUAUGCCAUUGUGGAAUCUGAGUGUAAGGAUAGUUGGAACUGGUUUAUGACCUUGCUAUUUGAGGACAUUAGCUCGUGCCAAGACAAAGGGUGGGUCGUGAUGUCAGAUAUGCAAAAGGGGUUGCAAGAGGUGCUUAAGGUGAUGGAAUGUGAGCAUAGGUUUUGUGUUAGGCAUUUAUAUGCCAAUUUCAGGCUCAAGUAUAAGGGAAAGAAUUUGAAAGAUGAGCACCGGAAUGCAUGUAGGGCAACAACUAAACAGGAAUUCAACUAUCAUAUGAAACGACUAGAGGAACUUGACGCUAAUGCUGCUAAUUGGUUAGAUAAGUAUGAUCCAAGGCUUUGGAAUAAGCAUGCAUUCUCAAUAAAUGCUAAAUGUGACAUUGUACAAAGCAAUAUUGCAGAGACAUUCAACUCUUUUAUAUUGAUUGCAAGAGACAAGCCAAUCAUCACAAUGUGUGAAAUAAUUAGAAGGAUGUUAAUGAAGAGAAUGGUUGCAAAAAGAGAGGACAUGGAGAGAUCUUGUAAUGCAAUAUGUCCUAGAAUCAUGGAUAAACUUCAAAGAGCAAAGAGCGACUCAAAGAAUUAUAUAUGUUAUAUGACUGGUGAUGGGAUGUUUGAGAUAGAGAGUCCAUGGAAAAGGGAGGUGGUAGAUCUUAAGAUGAUGACUUGUACAUGUAAGGCUUGGGAUUUGAUUGGCAUCCCUUGUGGACAUGCUGUGGCUGCAAUUUAUCGAAUGAGAGGGGAUAGCCAACAUCCUAAUACUCAAGACUCUAGCUCAUCCUUGCCAUACACUCCUACGGGCAGCCAACCCCUACCUUCCCAGGUCUCAGUAGAUAAAUGA